AAACUUUGUUUCUUAAUUUGAGCUCCCAUAAUUACAGAGCACUUGAGCAUAACUCUGGAAAAGAGGAACUUCCAGAGAUAUAGUCUCCGAGCUACUUGUUUGCAAAUUGCAAUGGCUGAUCUUCAGAAAAGCAAGAUUCUGGUAAUCGGAGGCACCGGCUCCAUCGGCAAGUUCAUAGUCGAAGCAAGCGCAAAGGCUAACCAUCCCACUUUCGCUCUUGUUAGAGAGACCACUGUCAAUGACCCUGCCAAGGCAAAACUCAUUCAAAAGUUCAAGAACUUGGGAGUCACUUUGCUCCAUGGAGAUAUCAACGACCACGAGAGCUUGGUGAAGGUGAUCAAACAGGUGGACGUGGUGAUAUCAACAGUGGGUGGUCCGCCACUACAGGAUCAAACCAAAAUCAUUUCCGCCAUCAAGGAAGCUGGUAAUAUCAAGAGAUUCUUCCCAUCGGAGUUCGGAAGCGAUGUGGAUCGUGUUCGUGUACAUGACAUAGUUGAGCCGGCAAAAUCGUUUUUUGAUAGCAAAAUCCAAAUCCGGCGUGCUAUAGAGGCCGAGGGGAUACCCCACACAUAUGUCACCAGCAAUUGCUUUGCAGGCUAUUUUUUACCCAGAUUGGCACAGCGCCAGCCAGAUGUUACUUCUCCACCCAGAGACAAAGUCAUCAUCUUCGGGGAUGGAAAUGCAAAGGCAAUCUUUGUCGACGAAAAGGACAUUGGAACCUAUACAAUCCGAGCAGUUGAUGACCCAAGAACACUGAACAAGGUUCUCCACCUCAGGCCUCCUCGAAACUUUUACUCCUUCAAUGAACUCGUUGCCUUGUGGGAGAAGAAAAUUGGCAAACCACUUGAGAAGGUCUAUCAUCCAGAACAAAAACUCCUCGACGAUAUUAAAGCAUCCCCAUUUCCAGAAAGUGUGAUAUUGGGAAUCAACCACUCUGUGUUUGUGAAAGGAUUUCUUACUAACUUUGAGAUUGAGCCAUCCAUCGGAGUCGAAGCUUCCGAGCUAUACCCAGAUGUUGAAUACACCACUGUGGAGGACUACCUCGACCAAUUUGUUUAAGCAUUAUUAGCUAGGUUGUUGAUUCACAUGUAGCUAAAUAAAACU